GAAUGGGAACGAUUUCCAGAGAUCAAGAAAAGAAAGGCUAGAUUAUAGAUUAAUUAAUUAAAAUAAAAAAUGGGUAUUAUUCAUAAUAUUAAGAAAAACUUGUUCAAUAAGGUGUAGAUUCUGAUCUUCGUAAGAGUAGUGAAGAUAAAGGUUAAGAACAUAAAGGAAGUUCAUUCUUAAAUUUACCAAUAAAAGAUUAAUAAUAAUUAGAUUCAUUAUCACCUGAUAUUAAAAAUAAAUAAAGCAGAGUAUUUAUAUAUUUAAUUAUUAGAAUAUAAGUUAAAAUAUAUCUAGUUUUGGAACUAGUUAAAUUAAUAAUUAUUAAAUAAGUUAAAUAGAUAAAUUUAAGAGAUUUCCAACUGAAAGAAAAGAAUAAAGAAAUAAUACAGUAGAUACUUAGAAAAAAGAAAGAGAAACUAGUCCAAAUUAAAAGAUAUUUAUCAAACAAACUACAACUAAAACAGAGAGGAAAAUGGCAUUUUUCGAAAUUGAUAAUGAUUAUAGAGAUUAUGAUCAUAUUGAUUAGAUAGCUAGUGAAGAAGUUAAGAUUGUAUUUUCCAAUAUCAUACCAAAUCUUGGACGUCAUAAAUCUACAUUAGAUCUCUGA